AUGUCCACCGAUCACAUUUCCAAGCCUACGGAGGCUGACGCCUUAAUUCUCGAAGCAUGGGGUCAAGGGCUGUUAGUCGGGAGUCUGCUCGUCAUGGCUGCUAUCACCGUGGCCAACAUGAAGUCACAUAUUCUACUGCACAAGCUGAUCUUCGCCGAGCUUCUUCUAGGCAUGGCUCACGGUACUUUCAUCUUCCCCCACGAGCCUGUCUACGGCUGGUACCUCUCCGUCACCGCGAUCGGCCUCAACAUAUCCUGGGCUCUACACAAUGUCAUCGCAUGGAUGAAGAACCGGCCAUUUCUCUCCCGCAAGGUUUCGAUCAUCUACAUUACCACGGUGGUUUUUUGUUGGCCGUAUUGGGGACUGGAGAUCUAUGCGAACUUCACUUAUUUCAACAAUAUCAAUAAGAUCUUCCUGAAAACCAGACCACUGGAGGCUUUGUUCCGCGAUCCGUGGUGGAUCUUCACAACCGCCAGUCUAUUCUGGACAAUCAAGCGCGAAUACAACUUCGGACUAUGGGAAUUAGUAGUCGUCAGUCCGCGGUUCGGAAUCAUGCUGGUCUCGAUGUGCGCCUCGAUUAUAUUCAUGAUCGUCGAUAUCUGCAGCGUGCUGAAUGCCUUUACCAUCCCGCUCCCAACAGGUGUCCAGCCGUUCUGGAAACUGUCCUUUAUUUUCAAAUGCCUCUGCGAUACCGUGAUCUUGGAUGACUUCAAGACCGCCCUCGACAGCUUGCGCAUGCACUGGAUGCGCAAGAAGAACGGCCAGCUGUUUGUUUCCCCCGCCACUAGCCCACAUAAUAGCCCACAACGCUACCGUGUCCGUGGCGACCUUGAAGCAUUUGAUUCCCUCGUCACUCCUACAAAGAGUGCGAGUGCCCACACGCUACACCUGGACCGAGUGCGAAGUCGAGACGAUAUACCUGAUAUCCCAUUGCAUCUACGAUGA